AUGACCGCACUUCCUCGCUUUGCAAACUCACACCAUCUUCCUCAGUCGAUAGAAACUACAUCUCGCUCUGCCAUCUACCAUGUACUUGACGAGAGGGAGCAAGAAAUAGAUUCAUCACUGCUCACAGACUUAACCGCUCUGGUCAAGCGACGUUUGGGGGACAUCACAAUGACCUCGCGGAAGAAACGGAAACUCAAACAUCGCGCGGAAACUGAUGCUAUAAGCGAGGGACGUAUUGUAGGAAGGAACCUGGAUAGUUAUUGGGAACCUCCAUGUGAGGACGAUGACUCUGAAGCCGAAGUACGAAAGAGACGCGCUGAAGCAGCUGCUGUGGACUUCACAUGGCUUUCCCGGGAAUCUCAUAAGUCAUCUGUGGCUCGAUCCAACGAACAGAGAAAGGUCCUUCACGCUAGCGGCUCUGUCUCAUCUUCAUCACCUCCGAUCCUUCUGGUCGAGUGGCCUGCAAAACCAUAUUCGAAACUUACUACUUUGCAGCAACUCGCAGGUCCUGCUGCUCUACCGUCCCCCCAUGACCCUUCGCUUGCAGGACAUUAUUGCACUGCAGUCUCAGUCCAGUCUUCAGAUACUAGAGCGGAACCAAGGAAAGCCUCCAAGAAAAAGAGAAAGUAUGUCAAGGAACGGCCCCCUCCAAGGUUCUGGCGACCUGUCAGUAGUUGGGGAGGUAAGAGUAUGGGAUACGCAAUGGGCUAUGAGGGUAGCUGGGCGGUCGACGAUGAGGAGCCUCAGAACAUUAGAUAUGUUAGGGAUACUAUGAAGAAGGGAAUCCUUGUGAGCAUGAUGUACUGA